AAAAACACCGCUGGUGCUUCACCUGAAACCUCCAGAGCACACCUACUGAAACCAGCAGGUCGACACGGAACAAAACACAGCUUUAAACAGAGAAACAGACGACGACCAAGUCACCACUAAAACUACAGCGUUAUAAGCAAAAGUGUCCUCUAUCCGCUACCAGAGGGCGCCACAACUAUAAAUGAAUGCGAUGGAGGAAGAGGAGAUGGUGAGUUCGGCCAGACUGGAGCCCAGUACUCUACAGUGGACAGAUAAAGACGCUCAAAUGAUGAAGAGGCGUAGCCCAGACAGCUCAUCCCUUAAUGGAGGACAAAGUCAAACGGAGAGUGAACUGGCGCUGGGGAGGAAGAUUGAGGAACACGAGAGAGAGGAAGCAGCUCAGCUGCUCAGUCCCGAGGUGACAGUUCUUCACUGCACACCCAUGGGCAGCAAAGACUUCUGGGAUACAGACACGGAAAAAGUCCCCUUUCUGGGAACUCAUGUCCCCCCAGCUGAAGACUACCCCGACUGGUAUCCUGAGCAGCAGCCCUCAAAAUGUGGCGGUUGCUGUGGAAACAGAGACGCUCUGAAGGCGGGCGUGUCGCUGUUCACGGCAGCCCUCCUGUUCCCCUUCUUGGUGUGGGGGGGCUUUGUGUUCCUGCCCUUCGACGCGCCCAUGCUGGAGAGCGCCCCCAUGAGGCUGGUCUUCACGCUGCGCUGCUCCGUCUUCGCCACGGUGCCCAUCAUCCUUGGCUGGCUGGUCCUCGGAGCGAGUCGCCUGAGGACGGGCGACGUGAGGGAAGACGGAGGCUGUGAGGAGAGCCCGCUGGUCAGGGUCCACCGCCGCUUCCUGGCCGACUCGGCGUCCCUCUUCCUGCUGUACAUGGUGCAGCUGGUCGUCAUGGCGAUGUACCUCUCCCAGGAGCAGCUGAAGCUGGUGCCGCUGCUGACCAUAGUGUUUGCUUUGGGAAGGUUGGUGUACUGGAUAGCGGCCUCCCUGGGCAGCAGUGUUCGGGGGUUUGGCUUUGGUCUGUCCUUCCUACCCAGCCUCACCAUGAUGGUAGCAAACCUCUACUUCAUCUUCACCAUGGAGGCUGCAGGGUCCCUCUUCGCCCAAGAGGUGGAGACCCACCAGGACCCACCCCCGACCAAACAGAGGUUCUGGGGAUAGGGUUCGACCCGAACCUGUUGGAAAGCUGCCUAUUGGGGCCUAUUUACAUGACAAAGGACAAAACCUUUGACAGACACAUCGAGACUCAAACUGGUAAUGGUGGAGCUUCUGUAGAGAAUCUUUCAAUGGUUUUUGUUUACCGUGACAGUUCCGGGGCCUUAUUAAUAUAUAUUUUAACUUUUAUUAUAUUUUAGAUCGUUUAACAGACACUACUGAGUUAUGUUUGAAGAAAUCCAUUUUUUAUAUUCAUAGGAACUUCUUGGCAGAUGUUUGUACCCUUUUCACUAUGUGCCUAUUUGUAUAUCGUUUCUAGUAUUUUUGUCAAAUCAAGUUGGAAAUCUAUAAAAAAAAAAAAAAAUACAUGAGAGAACACGUCAUUGCCCAUGUCUAAUUGAAGAACAGCAGGUAAAUCUUGUUCAUCGGAGGACUGAAAUCCACCUGGGCUCGCUAUUGUUCUUUAGGCCUUCGUGGCACUUUAUACUCUGCCGACUCAUGUGCGACCGGUGACGUCCCAAACCUUGAUGAUCCCUCCCCACCUGAUGUUGGAUCUGUUUGGUAGCUGCAGUUUACGAAGCUCUGAUUAAACUGUCCAGACAUGUUUUAUAAAUAAAGUAUUUUAGUUUAAUGUAAAAACAUUUUACAAAACGAA